ACCAUGUAGGCAAUUUUAUGGCGGGAAUUUAGUGUGCGUUGUGUGGUGAAAAUAGUUCCGCUGUCAAAAGGAGGGAGCGUUGGAUGAAUUGUGUAUUAUCAAGAAGCCUGUGUAUAUAAUCGGUUUAGAUACUGAGGGUCCGAAGAGGAAACGUCAAAUUACUUACCCAGAAAGCAGUUGAUUAUUGACGAUGGGGCGUAAAACAUCAAAAGGAAAGGAAAAAAGGCUGCAGCAGAGAGAGGAAGCUCUUCAGAUAGCUGCUGCCAAAGCUGUAGUUGACAAAGCAAAUGCUCAAGAAGAUCCUCUAGCACCAUUUCCUGCCUUCAGAAAUUUCAACAAAAAUGGAGUUGAGGCAACACUUUCUUGUGUUAAAAGUGAAAACAUUGACAACGAUACGUGGAAUUGGAUUUUUAAUUUACUGGAGUGCAAUAUGAAACCGUUGUACAACUCUUGCAGUUGGGGUUGGAAUGAGAAAGUAAAGAAAGAAGAACUGACUGAUGAACGAGCAUUAUAUCUUGUAGCAAGGGAUAAGGAGGGCAAAGCAUUAGCAUUCUCGCAUUUCCGAUUCGAUUUAGAUUAUGGGGUAGAAGUUUUGUAUUGCUAUGAAUUGCAGCUGGAAGCCGCGGUUCGGAGAAAAGGUCUGGGGAAAUUUAUGAUGCAGGUAUUGGAACUGAUGGGAUUUUCAGCCAAAAUGAAAAAAGUUGUGCUGACUGUCCUGAAGCAUAACCCAGAUGCAAUGAAUUUCUUCACCGCCCUGAGGUAUUCACUGGAUGAAACCUCUCCAGAAGACAACUUUUAUGAAGAGUUUCCAUAUGUAAUUCUCAGUAAACCAAAUAAGAAGCUGCUGUCAUCAGUGUAAUGGAUUGCUGAAAAUUACUGAAAAUAUUGACUAUUGUGUUUAUCACAAAUAUGUUGACACAUUUUAUUCAAGUAAUAUUUUAUCAUUAUAUAAUCGCGUCAAAACUGCCUUGAGUUAAAGAAGACUGCCCUUGCAGCAAGUGCCAAACUUUCGAGUUGUGUUGUCUGCAACAAUCCUGGAGAUCAAUCCAUGCCAAGGAUCAGUGUCUGUAAAAUUAACUUUCGGAGAAAAGUCGUGAAAGCUACUGUAUUAGGAACUCAAUUUCCAUUGCCGACUGAGUGUAGAAUAGUUUCCAUACUGUAUUAACAAAAUCAGUUUGCAUCUGUUUGCUCGCGUUCUGUAGAUCACUUCAAGGAAGAUGAUCUUCAGGGAUAUGGAACAAGUCAAAGUAUACAUUAACAAAAACAGAGAGAUCAUAUACAAGGAAUGUUCAGAAAGUAAGUGUACUGUGAGCAUAUCAGGCUGUGGGUGUUAUUUUUUAAGAGUUUGCAAUAAUGCGUGUUAGAAGGGAUGCCUGACCAGAGCGAACAUCGCAGGAACACAGUAGUAUUUAAACUCGUGUCAUGUCCAGUUGCGUGAAAAAUUUCUGUAACAGAUCCCACCAUGUGCUGUGAUCAGCUCCCUACUCGUGGAAGGAACAACACCUACUGAAUUUUUUCCCAAAUCUUAAUGGUUUACAGUGAAAGUGUUGUGAACAGGACAAGGGUGUUUAAUUCUUGUAGGGAAUUUAGUGGAGGCUGAACAAACAGCCAUGAUGAACAGAGGAGUGGAAGACUUUCCAUUUUUAAGGAGUUGGUACAAAAAAAAUAAAGGAUGCUGUUUGUGAAGACUACUAAUUGUCAGUGGGUGAAAUUUCUGCCAUGUUUCCACAACUCUCCAGAUCUCUCUUACAUGAGAUACUGGAAACUGUGCUCAAGAUGGGUCCCAAAACAGAUGACUAGAGCAGCAUGAGAUAAAUUGGGCAAUCCACCUGCUUUGUUACAAAAUGAAACUUGUGGGGCUCAUUACACGCCACGGACAGGAAGACAGUUAUCACAACAGUGCCACACUAAAUCCACAUCUGCCAAAAAAAUUGAAAAUCAUAAUUUUGGACAAAAAACAAUGCCUCAGUGUUUUGGGACCAGAAAGGCAUCAUUUUGGUCAAAUUUUUGCCCUGGGGGGGGGGGGGGGGGACUGUCUGUUUACAGCGAUACCAAGAUGCUAAAAAAGCUCAAAAGGAACAUUCAAAACAAAAGGAGGGGCAUGCCACUAGAGGAGUGAGCUUGUUGCACAACAAUGCCUACCCUCAUGCAGCCUUAGCCACAAGGCGCUCUUGGACUUAAUUGGUUGGGAUGUUUUGAAUCGUCCCCAAAUUUCUGUGACUUAGCUUCUUCAGAAUAUCAUCUUUUCACCUUCUUGAAGGCAUACAAGCGGAAUUAAGUUUUCAACCGACAAGCAGGUGCAGAAAGAGGUUCUGAAGUGGUGGAAACAGCUCGUGGGAGACUUCUUCAAGGAGGGUAUAAAGAAUCUUGUGCCGUGGCUCGCUACAUGUACUGAACAGGAUGGCAGUUAUGUAGAAAAAUAAUUAACAAGUGUAUCAGCAGUACCCCGUAAUUUUUUUUU